AUGAUCAUCCCUCCCGACCCAGAAAAGGACCCCCGUCUCUUCGACGCACGCUCUUUAGCGUCCGACGGAGACCUCAUCACCCUCGACGAACCAUCGACGCCCGGCCUCGCCUAUCACCCCGCGAACGCGCCAAGCGUCCUCCUCUACGACGGCCCCUUCUCCGACGAGUAUGGUAUCAACAACCAGUGGGACCCCUUACCGCCAUAUGAGGGACGACGGUCAGCGACCCCGCGAGGGUCACGGCUCGUGGCCACGACGUCCCGUGCGUCCGGCUCGUCGUCUCAGGGAACACUGCGACGAAUCGCCCGAUCAUCACCAACAGUAGUUGCGACACCGCCGGUCAAGGAAGAAACAGAAGGAAACGAGAAACCCAAGAAGCCGUGGUACGCGUACUCUGCAAAGGAGAUGUGGUACAAGCAUCGCAAGUGGCACAUCGGCCUCGGAAUACUGGCAGCCUUCAUCAUCGCGCUCACGAUCGGACUAGUCGUUGGAUUCACGCAAGGGAUGCACCGGCAAAGCGUCGAGCAGAAAAAGGAGCAGCGAAAGAAGAGCCACCAGAACCCCGUUCCCAACAAUUCAUGGUGGGGCGGACUACCCAACCUCAACAUCACGUACGACUCGGACCGCGAUGGACCGAUGCCCGAGGACGGCAACAUGGCGUACUGCAACCAGUUCAGCCCGUUGAACAACAGUAACAGCCUCCGACAACUGUCGCUGUCCUCGGACUUUUUCAACCACUUUGUCACGACGUACAACUUUUCUCUCACGCCCCAGAACGUCACCUCGAACACGACGUGGGUGAAUGCGACCGAAUGCAACUCGACCCUCACGCUGCCGCACCCGCUAUACUUUUUGGCGCGCGGUCUCGCGUCUAGCGGAACACUAGAGUUUGUUGGCUCCAACUCGCCCGACGAGGUCAUUGAGGGCGGUAACGAGGAUUCCGUGCGUGUCGAUGUCAUUGCGCGAGUACCCAAGAAUAGGACUCUGGACUCGCUCGCCCGAGUAUGCCACAUGUCUCGAAAGGACGGAUCGAUGGGUAUCGGUGUCUACACCCCGAUCGAGACGGAUGGCGGUGCAGACGGACCCUCGUACCUGCUGAAUUCGGUGGGAACACCGGCCUUCCAUAUCAUUGUGCGGUUCCCACCGUCCAUCCUGAAGAACAGCACGGUGUACCCGUCGCCUGCAUUCAUCGGCAAUGUCUCGUUUGACCUUGCGCAGAUGGGUAUGCGGGUGGGCAACAUGCGGAACGUUGUGCAGUUUGGCGACUUUGACGUUCGUGCCGACACGCGGGGAGGCGGUGUAGUCGUCGAUUACUUGGCGGCCGAGACUGCCCGGAUCCACGGAGCCGAAGGCUCAGUUCAGGGCACGUUCAACAUCUCGUCGUCGCUAGCGAUCAACUCGACCUCGGGCACGAUCAUGGCGAAUGUGAUCCUGAACGACCCCGACCUGAAGCAGGACAACUCGACAACGGUCAAGUCGACGAUCCCGAUGCCGCGCGACGUGUACGAGGACGAGAGCGAGUGGGACGACGACGGCAACUACAUCAUCGGGACGGCGAACAAGUCUUACGACGAGGGCGACUCGACGAACAACUCGCUGAAGGAGGCUGCGUCGCGGGCGGCGCGUAUCCGGAAGCUGCAGCAGGUUCCGACGCACGAGGUGAACACGACGUUCAUGACGAACGAGGGCUUCAUCUUUGUCGCGUACCUGCACCACCCGCCCUCGACGGCGCUCAAGAGCUUUGUGGCGUCUCGCUCCGGCGUCGUCGACGUCGCCAUGCACCCAAACUACGUCGGGCCCUUCUCCCUCGCGAACCUCUGGGGCAGCAUCCGCUUACCCCCGAUAACGCGUCCGCUCAGCGACGACCCGUUAAACCUGGGCCGCAUCCGGCGCAUGCUCACGGGCAGCAUCAGCCUGACGAACACGACCUUCUUCGAGGCACACGACAUCUCCCUGCUUGGGGCGAACAAUGCGGCCGCCGUCGCCGCCCGCGUCACGGGCGCGGCGCUCUGGGCCUUCCCGAACGACGACAGCUACACGGCCCUCUCGACGCAGGAAUCGCCCGAGGCCCGCGGCUCGGCGUUCGUCGCCAUGGCCAACCUGGGCGAUUUACAGGUCACCUUUGAUGGGCACUAA